UGGGGAGGCACCGGGGCGAGUCACGCCUAUCACUAAAUUCAGGAAAUUCUUACAAAGGGCUGUUCUGGCAGGGUUUUGAGUCAUUGAGGCGGCGCCUUGGCUUUCAGCUGAAGUUUGUAGAGGUAGAUGCGUACAGCACAGGGGCACGGUUGGGUUUGAUGUCGCCACUGAAUCUGGUUCCCAGCGCCCUUACAAUGAAGGACCCUUUGAGAGAGGGAGCAGGAUCUACCUUAGUGUGCCGAUAUUCCUGCUCCUCUGUGUCUAGGUGUGUGUGAGUCUCUGUGUGCUUUUCUGAAUCUGUGUCACCGAGUGUGGCGUGUGUGUGUCUGAGUGUGUGUGUGUGUGUGUCUGUGCGUCUGAGUAUCUGUGUGUGUGUGUGUGUGUGUACUUGUGUCUGAGUGUGAGUGCGUGUGUCUGUGUGUGUGUGUGUCGAUGCCCGCAGUGGGUCAGCUGGCGGACACACAGACGCCGACUUCCCCAGUAGCCGCGCUCUCAGGCUGGCUGCCAGAGAGAAGCUCCUCCAACAUGGACCUGCUGCUGAUCAAACUGAAGGAUUUCUCCAGCAAACCUGACAGGUUCCCGGGCGGCGGAGGCAGGAGCAGCCCGCCCGCCCUCUGGAAACGGCAGAGCUGCUCCGGUCCCGAAUGGGAUCCGCGGGCCCGGGGCCAGAAGAUGGAUAUGGAGAAGGCUCUGGAGUGGCUGAAAUCCGAGCUGAUGGAAAUGCGUUUCCAGAAUCAGACUUUGGUGAAACAGUUGAUGGAGCUUCACGUUGGGAUUCAGGGGCUAAAGAAGGAAUAUGAUAGUGACCAAGAUCCGUCAGCCUCGGAGAGUGAUAAUGAGGAGUCUGGGAAUGGCAGCAGCCUAAAUCGCUCUCACCCUGACCAUAAACAGCUGGCCCAGAGGGAGAACCGCAGGAACUCAGUGCCCUGAGUAAACUUGCACUAGUGAGGUGUAGAGUGGAAUAAUUCAUGUCUACAUAACUUAAUGUGUUUUUGUAACUGAGACAUUGACAAGUGCCACACGACUACUGUCGACUAUGUUGAAUGCUGUAUGUUUUGUAACAUUGUUCUUUUGCUCUAAAGUACAACUUAUUUCAUCUUAUAUAAAAGGCACAUUUGGAACUCAUGGAACUUACAAAACAGCAAGAUCAUAUCCAUUAUUUUUAGCAAAGCAAAAAGUGAAAUGCACCAAAUGGUCUAUUCAAACAAUGUUUUGUAUGAACCUUGGUUUCUUAACCCUUAAAUAGAAGGACAUUAGUGAAUACAGAAAAAUGCUAUCCUGCUCCACCAUUACCACUUGUUAAGGUUGUCAAUGAUGAGCUCAUAUAGCUUUCAUGAACUGUAAAAUCACUUGGAAAAACAAGUCAGUCAGCAGGAACUUACACAUGUGAUAAUGGGAACUGCAGAUGCUGGAGAAUCCAAGAUAACAAAGUGUGGAGCUGGAUGAACACAGCAGGCCAAACAGCAUCUCAGGAGCACAAAAGUUGACGUUUCGGGCCUAGGCCCUUCAUCAGAGAGGGGGAUGGGGAGAGGGAACUGGAAUAAAUAGGGAGAGAGGGGGAGGCGGACUGAAGAUGGAGAGAAAAGAAGAUAGAUAGAGAGGAGAGUAUAGGUGGGGAGGUAGGGAGGGGAUAGGUCAGCCCAGGGAAGACGGACAGGUCAAGGAGGUGGGAUGAGGUUAGUAGGUAGGAAAUGGAGGUGCGGCUUGAGGUGGGAGGAAGGGAUGGGUGAGAGGAAGAACAGGUUAGGGAGGCAGAGACAGGCUGGAUUGGUUUUGGGAUGCAGUGGAUGGAGGGGAAGAGCUGGGCUGGUUUUGGGAUGCAGUGGGGGGAGGGGAGAUUUUGAAACUGGUGAAGUCCACAUUGAUACCAUUGGGCUGCAGGGUUCCCAGGCGGAAUAUGAGUUGCUGUUCCUGCAACCUUCGGGUGGCAUCAUUGUGGCAGUGCAGUAUCUGCUUGUGAAGCACCAUGACAACUUCAGUAGUAACCUCAGAGAAGCAGGAUCGAUAACCAUUUUUGCAGUUUCACUGGGGUUUCUGCUGGUAUUACAAUAGCUGGUUUGAGGAACCCCAAAGAAAAUUUUACUCCUGUGAUUUAUGGGAAUCUUCCAAAAAGUCACAUGCAGCAGUUACAGAAGUAAAUAAUAUAAAGGAGUAGGAAUCAGAUUUAGUAUUAACUUCCAAAAAGAAUUGAACAUACACUUGAAAAGGGAAAGGAUUGGCAGGGUUCUGGGAAACAGCUGAGGAGUACUACUAAUAUGUUCGUGGAAUAGAAUUCCUACAGUGUGGAAACAGGCUGUUUGGCCCAACAAGUCCACACCAACCACAGAACAUCCCACCCAGACCCAUUCCCCUAUAAACCCACAUAAUCUACACAUCCCUGGACACUAUGGGCAAUUUAGCAUGGCCAGUCCACCUAGCCUGCACAUCUUUGGACUGUGGGAGGAAAUUGGAGCACCCAGAGGAAACACCCACAGACGCGGGGAGAAUGUACAAACUCCACACAGACAGUCACCUGAGGGUGGAAUUGAACCCAGGUCCCUAGCGCUGUGAGACAGGAGUGCUAAACACUGAGCCACCAUGCCACCUGUUUUAACAGUUGGCAGCAGUGUUAGCCCUUUCAUAAAGUAUAAGGGGUGAAUGGCCUCCUGUUCUAUGUGAUUCUGAAUUUUCUGACCAACAGCAAGGGUAGCCAAGUCCAAUGCUUCCUUCAAUCCCAAAAGAAACAUUUUUAGCAUCAAUUAGCAGAUAUAAGAGGACACAGUGCCUUUUGGGCAAAGUGAUACUUGAAUUUUUUGGAAGAAUGAUAAGCUCUUAAACUGUAGUUAAAAAGGUGCGUUCUUUUCAUUAAAUUUCAUAGUGUUUGUAAGAUACAAAACUUGUUUAUCUGUUUUCUGCUUAGAGCUGUUCAAGUCUACAUGAGGAUGAAGCAGUAACUAGGAAGUGAAGUGUUGCAUGGCUGCAUUGCCAAACAUCGAGGUGCAGGAUGAAAAUUAGAAAUAUUCUUACCCUCAGAAGAAGCUGAUCCUGAAGAGACUGGAAUGAGGCAGCACUUGUUUAAUGGCAGCUUCAGUGGUGCUUCAUUCUGAAAGUACUGUCAUACAAGUUCACAAUCAAGGCUUGAUGAACUCUCAGCAAAGUCAUAGAAUCAUAGAAUCCCAAUAGUACAGAAAGAAGUCAUUCGGCCCAUUGAGUCAAUGCUGGCACUCCGAAGUGCAUCGCACCCAGACCCAAACCUACCAUCUCAUUCCCAUAACUCAUAUGGGGAUUUUACCGUGCCUAAUCACCAAGCCUCCGCAUCUCUGGACACUCUGGGCAAUUUUUAGCAUGGCCAAUCCACUUAACUGGCACAUCUUUGGACUGUGGGAGGAAACCCGCGAGGAUGCAGGGAGAACAUGCAAACUCCAUACAAUCGCCCAAGGAUAGAAUGAAAGCCAGGUCGCUGGCACUGUGAGGCAGUCGUGUUAACCACUGUGCUGCCCAUCACUAUCAUUGAUGUUGCAACUAUAAUUAUAUAAAUGACUAGGAUAGAAAAAGGCUAGUCAGCCUUGAUGGUCCAUGCUGGUAUCCAGGCUCCAUAUAAGUUUCCUAUUCUAUUUCACCUUACCCUUAGGGUCCAUAUUUCUAUUCCAUUUUCCUGAUGUACUAACCAAUGGUGUUUGGCUCAAAUAUUCCACAUAGUGGCAAGUUCCCAUUUCAAAUUGUUCUGAGAAGUCUGUGGCCAGCAGGGAUCAGGGCUGGCACAUUUGCUGCUUGUUGUUUAUAUUAACAGCUUGGAUAUGAAUAUAGAAGGUACAAUUUGUAAGUUUGUAGGUGAGAUGAAAAUUCGUGGCAGUGUUGACAGUGAGGAGGAUGGCCUCUGGCCACAGUCUGAUAUUGAUCAGUUGAUAAAUUGGGCAGACCAAUGGCAAAUAGAAUUUAAUCCUAUAAGUGUGAGGUUACGCAAUUUGGGAAGUCUAUUAAGGGAAGGAUUUACACAAGGUCUCUUGGGAGUACUGAGGAACAAAGAGACCUUGGCAUAGAAUAUAGGAGCAAGAAAGUCUUGUUACAGUUUUAUAAAACAUUAGUUAGGCCACAGAUAGAAUACUGUGCGCAGUUCUUAUCAGAAGGACGUGAUUGCACUGGAGAGGGUUCAGAACAGAUGCACCAGGAUGUUGCCUUGGAUGAAAAGUCUCAGUUAGGAGGACAGAUUGGAUAGGCUGGGUUUGUUUUCCUUGGAGCACAGGAGGCUGAAACAGUAUCUGAUUGAGGUACACAACAUUAUGAGAGGAACAGACAGAGUAGAUUGUGAGAAUUCCUUCCCUGUGCAGUAAUGUCUCAGAUCAGAAGGUAUAAGUUUAAGGUGAAGAGCAAGUGGCUUAGACCAGAUCUGAGAAAAAGAUAUUUCACUCGGAGGGUGGUGGAAAUAUGGAACAUGCCGCCUGGGGUGUAGUUGAGGCAGGUACUCUCUCAACAUUGAAGAAGCAUCCGGAUGAGUACUUAAAACGGCAAGGCAUAGUAAGCUAUGGCCCAAGUGCAGGUAAAAGUGAUUAGUGAUGUUUGGUGUUGGUUGGUAUAGACAUGGUGGGCCUAAUGGCUUGUUUCUAUGCUGUAUGACUCCAUGAAUCUAUGAGAUAAAGAACUGAAUGGGAGCUGCACCUGUGUCAUGUGCUGGAUAUAAAUCCAAUAUUCAGAUCUAGUGCUCCAGUCGCUGCUCAUUGGAGUGUGUGGAGUAGAGCCCCCAAACCCAACCUUUGAUUCUGAAUUC